UCAUAUAGAAGUCAUCAAUCCUUUGAUAUACUAUCCUAAACUUGAAUAUCUUGAUUUAGGUCAGAACAAAAUCGGACAGCAAAGCUUUGAUAGCUAUCUCGAACUUGUCCAAUUACUGCCUAGGAGCUCAGUCUCCAUCCUACUUUUGGACGGAAACACUAAUUUAACGGUUAAUGUCAGUACUAUUAACAAAACCUUUCCCGCGCUCAAUAGUCUGUGUCUUGACAAGAAAACAAUUGACAGCUUGUCUGAUAAAGUAAGGGAUAGGUUUGAAAGACUAAAAAUUGAUCUUAAAUCCCCAUCCUCGUCUACAGGCCCAGAAACAGAUCACUUAGUGAACACUAAUUAA